GGGGGAAAAAAAGAUUGAACGACUCUCAAACGUUAGCGAAACAAAAGAGGAUGGCUGGUUUACAAAGAUCUGCUGUAUCAUUCAGAAGACAAGGCUCCUCAGGUCUAGUAUGGGAUGACAAGCUUCUGUCAGGUGAAUUGGGUCAGCAGCCGGCGCAACCCACCGACCAAAGAGAAGACCACCACCUCCUUCACUCCGGGACUACUGAUAACAGCGACAAGCAGCCUCGACAAGAAAUACUACAAGCCCAACCCCACGGCAAGCAACAAGAAGCCAAAGAAGAGGUCGCCGCCUCCCGGGUUUCACCAAGAACCGUUGUUGGAUCGAUUGAGAGGAGCCGAUCCAACGGCGGCGGACCCCGUUAUCGCACUGGUAGGGUGUCUCCGGCGAUAGAGCCGCCGUCUCCGAAGGUUUCGGCAUGUGGGUUUUGCACUUGCAGUGCUUUUGGGAAACCACCACCUGAAAAGACUCGUCGGAGACCUCCCAAGCAUGCGGGUAAGCGUACGAUGUGAUUCGGAUGUUUCAGUGUAUAUGUGGGAGUCAUUUAAAGUUGGUGUUUUUCCGGUGGCCGGAGAUGGGACAUUCUGGUUGGGCGGGGCCUCUUAUUUAUGGGAUUAGGUUGUAGGAGUCGUCGGUUGUCAGAUGUCCAGUUGUUCAGCUGAACAGAAAGGCUGAGGUGUAAGAAUUUUUGGAGCUAAAAACUAAAACAAAAUUAAUGCUUUUGUCUUUUUUUUUUUUUUGGUGGUUAGUUUCUGGACCAGGUUGUUGUACUCUUGUAGACUGGCGGGGGGAUAAUUCUGUUUCUUCUGCUGGAUGUAAUAUGUGAAUAUAUUGUCAGAAAUAUUUCGGAGCAUUUGUUAAAGUUGUUUGAGCGUACAAACUACGAAACAAAUGUAGCAGCUCAAUUCAGAGUCUUUCCAGCUUUAACGGAUCUAUUUC